GAAAAUCCAGAUUCGCUCUCCCUACCAGUAGAUGGGGGUGUUGCACCAGUAAGCAAUUUAACAGAGGAAGACUAUACCAGGGUCAAUAUAAAUAUUUUACAUCUAGGAAAAAACGACAUACUUUGUAUGACUACGGGCAUUAGAUGUAAUUAAACAUGAGUACCAUGCUGAAAAUUCAGGAAAAUUGCGUCGUGAAGCUCAAAGAAUGGGAGCAACGCUGGCACGAUAACAGAAUUGGCUUUCACAGGCCACACGUACACAAGAUGCUGGAGAGUAAAAUUGAAAAAGCUUUGGCCGGGCGGACGGGAGUUCGCUUCUUCUUUCCUCUUUGUGGAAAAGCUGUAGAUAUGAAGUGGUUAGCAGACAUGGGCCAUUCGGUGGUCGGAGUGGAGAUAUCGGAAAAAGCAAUUCAGCAGUUCUUUUCGGAGAACGACUUGACAUACAGUGAGGAAACUGUUCCAGCUAUUCCUGGAGCAAAGGUCUUCAAGAACUCAGAAAAAAACAUCACCUUGUAUAACUGCGACUUGUACAGUUUAACCAGUUCAAUUAUUGGUCAGUUUGGGGCGAUUUGGGACCGAGCCUCUAUGGUGGCCAUCAACCCGAGAGACAGAGUAAAAUAUGCUUCUCUCAUGAUUUCUUUGAUGGCAAAUGACUGCAAAUACCUUUUGUCUACGUUCAUGUACAAUGCGGAACUUUAUAAAGGCACUCCUUUUGUUGUCACUGGUGAGCAAGUAUAUACCUUGUUUGGAGAAAAGUGUGACGUGGAAAAGCUUUUAUCUGAAAAUUUGACUGGAGACAGACUCCAGGCUUGGGGCGUUGACUACGUGAUUGAAGAACUGUACCUCAUUACUCUGAAGAUGAGCUAAAAGCAGCCAGGAAAAGUAAAACAAUCAUUAAGGGGAAAAAUAGCACUUACUUUUUUACAUGUUGAUUCCUUUCUUUCCAUAAUUGGAAUUCUGAAAUCGUGCAAGAGGGAAAACAACACUGAUUUGGACGAUUAACCAGAGAAUCACGCUAACACAGAGGUUCAUUCUUGUUUAAUGUAGCAUGUGUCUUUGUUGACGUUGACAAAUUACCAUGAUGUAAUGUGGAGGAGCCUGCCAUAUUGUUUUUAUGUAAAAUUAUUGACUGGAUUCUGGAUUGGAAUUUAAAAACAAUCUAAAUGUGUUUCUCACCAGUAGACGUCCAAUUUAUUUGGAGUGGGAGAGCUGGUAGCGAAUGAACGCUCAUUGAUAGCCCUCCCACUUCAAAUAAAUUGACGUCUAUUGCAGUCAAUGGCACCAAAUGAGUUUUUAAAAAAUCCUGUUUGGGCAAUUAUUGUCACAGUUAUUUAACUGCUAAUUUUCUCAGGAAUAGACGUCCAUUUGACUGGGAGGCCUGGCAGCAAUCAUUUAUCUAAUUCAUCUAUGUUAGGGGAGCCGCCACUAUCUUUGUGAGCAAAGGUUGAUUAAAGGGAAAUAAACUAAUCAAAUAUUAUUCUCACAUGUUGGAAAUAAAGCUGUAAUUCACUAAUUCAGUGCUCAUUUAAUUCAUAGUGUAAAUUUUAACACGGAAAAAGUGAUCCCUCGCUAUUUCGCGCUUCAAACUGUGCGUCCUCAGUCCAUCGCGGAUUUUUUUUCCAAUUAAAAAAACAAAUAAAUGCAGCAUUUUACAUAAUAUAUAUUUUUUAUAAAAACAUGAUGAGCUGUCCCGAUCUGAUUAUGUAGUCUCUCACUCUCGUUUCUGCAGCUUUUCUUGGUCAGGUAGUGCACUGGAGUUGCCUUUUAAAGUUAGUGAUGAUUGACAGAUGUUAAGGUUUGAUCUUGCCAGAGACGCUUGGAAGCCGAAACUACAUAGCAAAGCAUGCGUCAAUCAUCUUUGACUUGUUAAACAGUUGAUGUGGCAACUCAUUGUAAGUUAGCGGAUUUGAGUGGACUCACUCAAUGAAGCAUUUAACAAAGACAAGCAUUUUUCUACUUUAUUCUUGUUUAAAACUAAUUCGGUGGGACAUUAACAUUUUAAAACUUAUCAUAAUUAUUACAUUUGAAGUGCUUAAAACAUUAUAUAUACAGUAUAUGUUGUUUAAUCAUACUUUGGGGAAAAAAAGUGAAAAAACAUGUCAUGUGUAUUUCUUUUCAAUGCUAAAGCUGAAUAAAUACAUUAAA